GCUAUAUAAGGACCCCAAUCCCACCAACAACAUACACAAUCAAUUACAAGCCAUGGAGAGAAGCGGAAUUAGAACAGCCUCAAUUGCCUUUAUACUUGCUCUCCUCUGGAGCGGAGCAUCGGCGGGAAGCAUAAGCGUAUACUGGGGCCAAAAUGGUAACGAAGACACUCUUGCAAACACCUGCUCAAGCGGCAACUUUGGGUUUGUGAUGCUCUCCUUUCUCACCACGUUUGGCAACGGGCAAACACCGGUGCUCAACCUGGCAGGCCACUGCGAUCCCUCUUCUGGAGGAUGCCAAUCGCUCAGUGCCGACAUUACCUCCUGCCAGUCUAGCGGCGUAAAGGUGUUUCUCUCUUUGGGGGGCGCCACCGGAAGCUAUUCAAUCGUCUCCGAAGAUGACGCGCAAAACGUGGCCACCUAUCUGUGGAACAAUUAUCUCGGAGGGAAUUCGGGCUCUGGGCCUUUUGGAGCCGCCGUUCUGGACGGCAUAGACUUCGAUAUCGAAGCCACGACGGAUCACUGGGACGAUCUGGCCAAGGCCGUGUCCGCUCUAAGCACCUCUUCAAAGAAAGUCUAUCUCAGUGCCGCUCCGCAGUGCCCCUAUCUCGAUACUCACCUCGGAACGGCCUUGCAGACGGGGCUGUUCGACUACGUGUGGAUUCAGUUCUAUAACAACGGCCAAUGCGAGUAUGCCAGUGGGGACGCUACUAAUCUGGUGAAUACGUGGAACCAGUGGACAACGUCUAUUACCACCGUUCAAACAGAGGGCUUCUUCCUGGGCCUUCCCGCUUCCUCUGCAGCUGCUGGAAGUGGCUUCAUUGCUCCAGCCACACUCAUCUCCGACGUGCUGCCCCAGAUCAAGACCUCCUCCAAAUAUGGAGGGGUUAUGCUGUGGUCCAAGUACUACGACGAGCAAACCGGUUAUAGCUCGGCCAUUAAAGCUUCUGUCUGAUCAAAUUUAUUUCAAUUCCCAUGCGUAGCCUACCAAGCAAAUAAUAGUGAGGCCAUCCUUAUAUGUAGUGCCUGCCUGCCUGCCUGCUUUGGCCAUCAGUGUAGAAAGCUUUAAAAUAACACCGAGCUUAGGUAAUGCUCAUCUUUUUUAUCUUCGAAGCUCUGAAAUCUUUUAAAUUCUCGAUGACUCUGAGAUGCAAACUGUCUCGUUUAAAUAAUACGAUGUUGCUUACGAUUGUUUCUCUCGUCUUA